AUGCUCAUCGCCCAAGGUAGCACCAUUGGCCAUGGCCUGUCGCUAGCACCGACGGUGUCCGUGUCGAGCGACGUCCGAUCCAUUGUGGGCAGCUGGGCACCGAACGUCGCGAGUCUUACGAUCGUCGUCAUCGACGAGCCACUGGAUUGCAGUGUUUUGCAGGACGAGCUUGCAGCGUCUGACCUCACGUCGCUCAAGUCGGUUUAUGUCGAGUGGGACGAAGAGGUCGACGACGAACAGUGGGAUCGCGCGGUCGCAGCGAUCAUGGCCUCGCGCCCCCAUCUCUGUCAUCUGGAGCCGAAGCGCGCGCGGGUCGAGGCAGCGCCAUGGAUGCUGCCGCCGAUCGUCCUUCACAUGGUCCGCUGCUUGGAGACGACGAAGGAGGUGCUGGCCUUUCUGCACGCGCUGCCGUCCGACGCCUGCGACGAGCCUCUCGAAGCGCUCGUGAUGCUCUUGACCCACGAACCAGGCAUGUGGCCGGACGUGGUGAUGGGCGACGUGCCUGAAUCCUACAUCCCGAUCAAGGCGCUGCCGGCGCUCCGCGCGCUGCACUGCGCCGCCGAUGACGAUUUCAAUUAUGGCGGGGCCACUUUUUGCGCACGCACGCCGCUGCCACCGACGAUAGACGUCUACGUCAGCAUCAUGGACGUGCGCUACCUUCGAUCCUCAUGUGACACCUGGCUCGCCAACGUCGUCGACCUCACGACCGCUCGCAGUGACGAGGAUGCGCAGGAUCUGCAGCAGCAACUCGGUGCUUGCCCGCGACUCACGGCGCUCACCAUCGAGUGGCAGACCGAGAUGAGCCAAAACGAGCUCGACGACGUCAUGGCGGCCAUUGCUGCCUCGUGCCCCGGCCUCUCGGCUCUCGGUCUUUCUACUUGCAGUUCCUCGAUCUUGGAGAGCUGCGAGAGCCUUCUCAAGUGGCUCGCACGACCGAUUGCGAAGAGCUUCAAGCUCAGUUACAUGCACUUUCCAAAGCUCCAAGCCGAUGCAUUGAUGCAGGCACUGUCCUCGUCGCCGUCGCUCGAAUCCAUCAAGCUCCAAAGUGAUCUAACGCGUGGCAAGUCGAUUGUGCGUCCGUCGGCGCUGUGGCAGACCCCACACUUGCGGCACUUGACGAUCGACGCCCACAACAUCAACACCACCCACAUCAUCAGUUGGGACGAUACGACGUGUCUUGCCUUCCCGCCGACGUUGCGGUCGUUCCGGGUGUACAAUACGCAGAUGGCCAACUUUCCGCCGCUGCCCGAGCUUCAGAGUCUCACCUUGGGCAACACGUCGAGCUGAUGAGCAACGCAGUGAAGGGUCUCUGCGCGCUGCUGCUGGCGACGACAUCGCUCUCCACUGUCGAUCUCUCGUUCAUCAAGCCCAACAAUUAUUCC